AUUACCGACAGCCAAGACUAAGCUGCCAUGCUCAAGGGCUAAGGUGACCAUGGUCGAUUCGCCCCAGGAUGCUGCUCCGUCACCCGCCUCAAAGACCUCCCUCCUGGACGAUGAGCGGCGUACAUCGCCCUCGAGAGGGAUUAGCAAUGGUGAAGGCGGAGGCGAAGGCGAAGGCGGAGGCAAGGGUGAAGGCGAGGGCGAGGGCGAAGGACAGAACGUUGCCCUGAACCAGCUCAUGCACCCCAUUGAUGCCUCUGCACAAUGGCUUUUUUCUCAGUCGGAUAUGAGCGACACUCCUAGCGUCCUCGUUGGUGGCUUGGACGAAGACCAGGAGAGGAUUAGCCGAUGGAAGGGUAUACAGCUCCUCUUCAGCAUUGGCGAUUAUAUGCGGCUUCACAAUCACGUUACGACGACUGCUUCAAUCUUUUUCCAUCGCUUUUUCAUGCGCAAGGCCAUGCCAAAGGACCCUCGCGAGCGCACCUUCGAUACUUUUCCCUUUUUUGAGCUUGCCCCUACCUGCAUCUUUCUGGCCUGCAAGGUCGAAGAGACGCAUCGUAAGCUUCACCACGUCAUCGAGGCCACCAUGGCGGUGCUCGAUCGAUCGCCACAAGGACAGGAGCUGGCCGAGGCGCGCGCUUACCAGGCCAACAAGAGCUCGAGAGAGUAUGGUCGAUGGAAGGACCUGAUCCUUCUGAACGAGGAAAGGCUCUUGGAAGCCCUCUGCUUCGACCUCAUCAUCGAGCAGGCGCAUCCGAUUGCCAUCAAGGCUGCAAAGAGGCUGGGCGCCCCGAGAAGCCUUGCUCAGCUGACGGUCAUCUAUUGCAAUUGCCUCUUGUAUGGUGCCGUUUGCACAUUUUAUGAUGCGCCUAUCCUUGCUGCGUGCGCCUUUGCAAGAGCAUGUGAGGCUGUCGAGGUCGAUCCUGCACGCUUCAGCCCACGUCCGAGACCCGACGGCAAAGGCCCAAAGGCGUGGUAUGAUGUCUUUGGUGUAGACGAGGACGAGAUCGAGGAGGCCAAGGACGAUGUCAAUACCCACAUGCUCUUCCACGAGGAGCGCCUGCAGGCUUCCUCCUCGGGCAGGCAGCAGCAGCCGGGCAGCACACCUCACCAUCACCAGCCUCCAUCGGCACCACGGUCAAACCUGACCACUCCAUUGGGAUCCCAUGGGGAGACUGGAAGCCCGCGCCCGACUUUGUCGGGUUCCGUACCCGGAAGUGCGCUACAUACCACGCCCCGACCACCAACGCUGAGUCCACCUCCGUUACCGGUCCUGUCCGCGCAGAUGGAGUCGAAACACCAAGUCUCCUUUCUCUCCCCUCCCUUGGCAGCCAGCAAUGGCCGAGAGCCAGGCAACGAAGGGGAGAAGAGGCCUCCUAGUCGGCACGGCAGCAAGGGAAGCGGUCCACCUCCACCCCUGAUGGGUGCCUCCCGGCGUGCUUUCAGCUCCGAGUCAAAGGAAGGCAAAGAGGCAGAGGAGGGUCAUGAGGCAAAGCAGGAAGUCGAGAUCGAGAAAUUGGAGCAAGAACAGCAGCGCACAGAGGAUGCUCUGCAACGCGAGGAAGGCGAAGAGAGCGCCGAGGAAGGCGAAGUAUAGUGGAUCUUGUAUUGUAAUUUCAUCAUGUGUACACUACCACCAGACUCAAACAGAGCAAUCAGUCGUUCCUGGAGUCAU